GUGGGCGCGAGCUCCCGGAUGGUCUGAGGCUGCGCCGACGGUGGAAGAUGUGGAUUGAGCCAUAAAAUAAAACAAUAGCGCUUAAAUAGCAAAAUAAUAACCCGGGUCGUCCGCCCGAGGCGUGGCCCCCGCUCCCGCCAGGAUGAACGUCGUGCCUGAGGAAGUUAAGGCAGAAAAUGGCAACGCGGAGCCUGGGGAAAAACAUUUUUACUGCGAAGUUUGUAAAAUUUCGUGUAUGUGUGCUAUAAGUCUUCAGUCACACUAUCGUGGUUCAAAGCAUAGAAAGCAAGAGAAAGCCCUGAGACGCAGGAAUUUCUAUAGUUCUUCUGCUCUUAUCCAAGUUCCGAUGAAGUAUCGAGUGCUCAGACAAGUGAAGAGAAAAUUCACAGGGUACGUAACCUAUCUGAAGGAUUUUAUGAAUGAUCCCAGAAGAGAAGAACCUCUAAUUGGUUUAGAACAUGUGGUUGAAAUCAGAUUUGAAGGAAGAAGAGAGCCACGUUAUGAGUGCAGGCUGUGUGGAUGUAAUACAGAAGUGGCACCUAUGAUAGAACAUCUUAGUGGAUAUAAACACAGAAGAGAAUACAUUUCUAAAGAAUUUCCAGAUAAAAUGAGGAGAAAACCAACAGAUGCAAAAGAAUGCAAAGUCUCGUUUCUCAAACGGAUAGCAGGAGAGCUAGAGAAAAGUGAAGGAUUAAAAAUGUAUAAGAUUGAAGGUUACACAAGACCAGCUACCUCAUCCCCAUCGAAGAAGAAAGCAAGGUGGGAAGAUGAUUAUAAGCAUGAGAAUGAUCCUGUUCGGAAACAGAAAGCUCUGGAGUUCUUGGAGACUUUUCGCAUCACCUCAGACUCAGAAGCAACACUUGUUGUUCACAUUGCACAGGAACUCAUGGAGGCUUUGAAGGCCUUUUGUGAAAAGAGAGCAGCAGAUAAUUACACCAACAGUGUAGGCCCACUGAUGUCAGUACCUCAAGAUGAAUUUCCAGAAAGGGAAAACAACUCAGAACACUAUGGGCCAGAUGGAGAAUACAAAGGAAGUUCUGACUGGAAUCAAGGUUUUUUGUCUCAGUAUGAAGAGUGUUCUGAAGAUUUUUCUUUUGCUCCUGCUCACUCAAACAGUUACCAAGCAUAUGAUGGAUCAUACUCUUGUCAUCUGAGAUCUGAGGACUUUGCAAUGAUGCCUCCACUCAGGGACUCUCCUGCUGUUGAGCCUGAUAAUCCUGUCAGUGGUAUCAGUGAAUGGCUGAGACAGCUCAGAAACUCUGUGUCGGUUGCUGGGGCCUCUUCAUACACAACCGGCCCAGUGAAGGAGUAUUCAGCAGAAUACAUAUCCAGUGAUGUGCAAGGAAGUGAGCUCCUUGAUAACAGACUCUCAUUUGGCAGGGAAAAUACAAAAUGGAGGGAUCAACAAGCAUGUACAGAAGCAAGGCAUAUAAGUGACCAAGAAUUACCCUAUCCCAAUUCUUCUGCCUCAUAUCCUUCAUCUGCAAGAUACUCUACAAACUAUGCUUCACAAAACUAUUCCUGUUACACGAACAGUGAGUCUGUGAAUACUUGUACAUCUUUGGCAAAUUCUGGUGUUUCAGAAAGAGGUGACUCCAGGUGGCACCAGGACACUAGGUGGAAUGAAUGGAAGCAGGAAUCUAGGUGGAAGCAGGAAUCUAGGUGUCAAGGAUUCAGGUAUCAGAAAUCAGGCUAUCAGAGAGACUGGAGUUCACAUCAAGACUCGUUUUGUGGAAGUGGUUCGUACCAAGAUCACCAGCAGUUCCAAAACUCAGAAGAGAUAUUUGAUGGAGUUGAUGCUGGUCUUGCUCCCAACACUGUGAACAGACUACUAGGAAAGGAUGUACCUACAAUGACCAGAAUGCUCAAACAGUUGGCUCCGUAUUAUCCAGCACUUCAAAAAAUAAAUAUUCAGACAUUUGUCAAUGUGCUAAUAGAAACUAGAGAGAAAGAUUAAGGAGCAACAACAGCUGAACUGGAAACAGAUGAAGAGAUUUGAGAAUCUCCAUCACCUGGCUUUCAGGAAAGAGACUGUAUUUUACUCUGUGUUUGACUGGCUUGGGAAAGGUAAGGGGGAGGUAGGGUUUAAGUUUUUAACAUGUGAAAUAUAGCUGGGACAGGAACUUGCACAUAACGGGUGAACAUACUAUUUUGUUUAGGCUUUUUGUAAAGUAUUUGUUAUAUCUUAGUAUAUUACAGAAAAAAAAAUUUGUUAUUUUUUGAAGAUAUGUUAAAAUUACUCUGUCAGCAAAAAGCUAAUAAUCCUUUUAAUACCCUUCUCAAUUCAGAAGAGAAGGGAAGGUUUACUUUUCUGUUAUCUACAUAGGAAGCACAUUCAUUGAAAAUACAGGUUUACUUUUCUUCACACAAAUGUAAGGCCAGUUCCAUUAAUUUGAGGCUUUAUAAGUAGUGUAUUUUUAGAAAUUGAUACACUGUAUUUCUGUUUAGACAGAGAAAGGAAAAUGUCACAGCAAAGGUAUUCUCUGUCUUAAUGCGAUGUUAUAUGAGGAACAUGUAAUCUGUACUAGAGGACUGGUAUGUAAUAGGGCAUAUUAGUUUCAUUUUUGUAGAGGAAGAAAUGGUGUGAAAUAUAUGCAGAUUUUUUUAAUCAUGUUGUUCAAAAUGAAAUAAUUAUAAAUUGUCUUAAAAACUCAUUUGGUGGAUGGACCUAAAAUAAAAAUUCUUGAUUCUUUCUACUAGCAAAAGCAUAUUAAGAAAUAGUAGAACCCAUAAGGCAAUCAGAUAAAACAACAGAAAAAAAUAAAUAAACAAAAUGUCAUACUAACUGAGUAAUACUUACCAGUUCAUGAUGUGUAUCAGAGCCACAUGCUCAUGAGCGCCUGGCUUUAGAUAUCUGCUUUAUGUAAUUAAAACCAGCUUACAUGGAGCUGAAGAAAUGAAGUAAAGUGAGACAGUUUA